AUGGAAAGGCAGCCCGCUGGGGUCAUGAAGUCUGCCAGCUCGCGUAAGGGGCCUCGUGCCGACAAGCGGGGGGUGGGCAAACCUGGAGAAACGCAACCCGGAAAGAUGGCACUCGGAAAUACAGCGGCUCUGCAGAAAACGAGCAGAGGCGUCGUCUAUCUCGGGCACAUUCCCUCGGGUUUCAACGAACCACAGAUGUUCCGCUUUUUUUCACAGUUUGGUGAGGUAGUAGGCGUGGAGCUGCGCCGGAGUAGGAAGACCGGGCGGAGCAAGGGAUACGCUUAUAUUGGAUUUGAGCUGCCUGAGGUUGCUGAGAUCGUAUCAGAAACUAUGAACAACUACAUGAUGUUCGGCCGCACACUGGUUUGCCAUCUUGUUGCACCUAACCGCGUGCCUCCGAGGCUUUUCAGACAUUGGGGAAAAAGGUUUAGACGUGUGUCCACGCGCGUCCGAGCGAUGCAACAGCAUAACAAACCCGAUAACGCGCUUCCUUCGCUACGACAAGUGAGGAGGCGGCUAGAAAAGGAGAGGAAAGUCGCACAGCACCUGAAACUUCUGGGACUGGACCACGUCGCCCUGCCAUCCCUCGUCCCAGUUUCCGACAGUAAUAUGGCAGUGAGGGAUACUGCCUCUGAAAAGAGCAGGGAACGACCCCUUGAUAAGGCAGCGACCCUCUCUACUUCGGCGAAAACCCCCUGUCCUGCCGGAGUUGGGAAGGCAUUCAGGCGCAGGCGAAAUCACCAAGAGAAAGCGUCGGGCAGCCAUGCCAGCUCCUCCACGCAGAAGACGCCCACCUAG